AUGGCAUCUGAUACUGGGUCCGUUACGCUGUCCAACGGGAGUGCGAUAGCUCGCUCCAAUGGGUCAACUGGAGGUGCAGCUUUGCAACGACCGGCCAUCGCAGCCGGAGUCACCAACGGUACACACAAAGCCGCUCCUCUGGCCGCAAAUGGUUCGUCCAACGGAGAAAAGACUCCCGUGCCGACGCCGCGAUCAACAACGUACUUCGGCCACAAUAGAGAGGAAGUGACGCGGAUCCUCAUUCAAGCGCUGUCCGACAUGGGUUAUCAGGCGGCGGCCGAAAGCGUCAGUCGGGACAGCGGAUAUAAAUUGGAAAGCCCUACCGUAGCGGCGUUCCGCUCCGCCAUACUUGAUGGAUCAUGGCCCGAAGCUGAAAACCUGCUGACGGGAGCUAUUGUUUCAGGGCAAGGCAACGGAAAUGGUGGUGAAGGCAACGGGCUCGUACUAGCACCAGGCUCGGACCGGGACGUGAUGAGAUUUCGCAUGCGGCAGCAGAAAUUCCUCGAGUUACUGGAAAAAAAAGACACAACCCGGGCGCUUCACGUCUUGCGUACCGAGCUGACACCGCUACACCAUGACACGAGCAAGCUGCAUUUCCUUUCGAGUCUUUUGAUGUGCCUAUCAACAAACGACCUGAUGACAAAGGCAAACUGGGAUGGCGCAAAGGGCGACUCUCGCAAGAAGCUACUCUCAGAACUCUCAAGGUGCAUUUCACCGUCUGUCAUGUUGCCGGAAAAUCGCCUGGCUAUCCUUCUCGAGCAAGUGAAGCAGAGCCAGAUCAACACCUGCCUCUACCACACAGCUGCCUCAUCACCGUCAUUGUACUCGGACCACUUAUGUGACAGACGGAACUUUCCAACAGAAGUAGUACUGGAGCUGCAUGAACCCAAGGGAGAAGUCUGGCAAGUGCAGUUUUCUCAUGACGGGUCCAGGCUCGCGGCUUGCGGUUCAGACGACAAUGUUUUGAUCUGGGAGACAACGACCUUUUCAGUCGUGACUAAUCUCGCGAUUCAAGUGCAAAAAGAGCAUGCGUCCGGCGUGGCAAGCGUUUCGUGGAGUCCAGAUGACUCCAUGAUUGUCACCUGCUCGCUUGAUAACCAUGCACGGUUAUGGGAUGCCAAGACGGGAUCGUUGCUCAAGAAACUCAAGAGAUUCGAUGAGCCGAUUAGUGGUUGCGUAUGGGUCGGUGAGGGCGAUUCCUUCAUAUUGGGCACGUUGGAUACUAAGCGAAGCAUAUGCACCUUUGAUAUCCAAAGCGAAGAGCUGCUGCAGUGGAACAAGGAGCACCGCGUUCAAGUGCUAUGCGGCUCACCCGAUGGGAGAUGGUUGGUUGCAGCCGAUAACGUCAAGACUAUAUACGUGUACAACAUGAUGACGCGGGACCUUGAAUAUGAGUUGAAUCUGCUUACGGCGCCUACAUCGCUAGCCAUCAGCCAGGACUCUCGGCAGCUGCUAGUCAACAAGAAGGAUAGUGAAGCACAACUCAUUGACCUGGAGACGCGGAGCACCGUGCAGAAAUAUCUGGGGCACAAGAUUGACGAAUGCAUCAUCCGAUCUAUAUUCGGAGGUGCGAAUGAGAGUUUUGUGGUUAGCGGCAGCGAAGACGGAUACGUGUUCAUUUGGCAUAAAAACAUAGGGGCUGCCGUGGAAAGGUUGCCGGGUCAUAUUAAGAGAUGCAACGGUGCGGCAUGGAACCCAGCAGAUCCGUGUAUGCUUGCGUCGUGUAGUGACGAGGGUUCUAUCAAGAUGUAA